AUCCACGUCAGAAAAGAGAACCGCUCUUGGGAUUCUUGGUAGAGCUAUCCGAAUGCCUCAUCGACGAAGGGAAAAAGAAUGCGAAAUUUCAGCGCAAAGUUCGAACAGGACCGGUCUCCGCAAUGAAGAAAAAAAUUAAACAAAAUCUGGGAGAUCAUUUGCCACAAAGAACGAACAAGAGACAACGAUGCGUAAAUUGUGCUAAAAAGGGCAAAGAGAGCCGUACGAAUCAGAUUUGCAUUGCUUGCAACUUGGCAUUUUGUAAAAAAUGUUUUACUCCUUGCCAUCAGAUAUAAAUAAAAUGUCUUAUAAGAUAAAAUUGAAUAUAGAAACGACAAAAUAAAAUGAAAUCGAGUGUUUUUAUCCCAGGACAAUAUCACCUUUUUAUUAAUAUUUUUGAAUACACAUGGAUUUGGGAUGUUUUUAUCCCAGGACAAUAUCUCCUUUUAGGGAUGCGCUAAAAAUAUAUUAUCAAAUUACUUUUCUUAAAAUAGCCAUAGGAGACGAAAUAAACACAAAAGUUCCCGUCCCGAAACGGUUAAACAGAAAAAGAAUUAAACGUUAAAAAGCAAACAAAAAGUGGAGCGAAAAAGAAAUGCAGAGUAUACUGGAUUUCUUGCAGGAAGCUCCAGAAGUAGAGGCACCAAUUUCAUGCAAAGUGUUGCAGAUGUGCCCACACUUUAAUCAGCUUAAACAUAUUUUUGGGAAAAAAGCCACAAGUGAAUUACCUUUGGAAGUGGUUGAUAGUGGCAGUACGUCCAUAAUGAAUGAAAGCGCGGCCAGCCAAAUACUGGAAAUCACUUUUUCUGAUGUCGGCGGAGAAAUUGCGUCCCCAAUUGACAUUGCCAAUACUGAAAAUCUACCACCAGGCAAAGUAAGUGAAGUAAUUGUUCCUGAAAAAGCAAAAGAUUUCGCGGAAAAAAUGAAAAAAUAUGUCCCAAAAUCAUCUGCUGCAAAUCUUGUUGCUUUUCAAGAUGAGCUUAGGCAAAUGUUUAAAAUGGAAAUAGAAUGGGAAAAAGAGAAACAUGAAAAAGAUCACGCUUUGAAUGAAAGAAGAUUGCAAGCAGGAAUUGAAAGAGGUAAAGCUGAAAUAAUAUUCAAGAACCGUGAAUUGGACUUAAAAAUCUUAGAAUUGGAAAAGGAUGAAAGAUUGAAAAAACUUAAACUUGAAAAGGUGGAACGCUUACAAAAGUUCGAAAUUGAAAUGAAAUAUAAGUAUUCCUCUCAACAGUAAUUUUUCUGUACU